UCCUGCUCUCUUCUCUGUAUCCUGUUUCAACUCCAUCGUCACGUUCACGCGGUCAACGUCUGCCUUCAUCAGGUCGUGUUCCACAGUGGCGAAUAAAUCCCUGACGUCUCGAACGCCACUCGCUUGCAUCUAGGCCGCGUGCAGGGCCUCGGGACAAAAUGACACCAUCAACCGAUCGAGAUCGCGCUGCUUGUCUGCCUGCAAGACCGCUCGGUCCAGGCACCGUGUGAGUUUACCACGAGACGUGACAUUCAGGCUGUUAUGCGCGUGUGCUGUACGCACGCGCUGGGUCUAAGGGGUUCAAAACGGUAGUUCUGCAGUCGACCGUUGAGAAGGGCGUAUGAGAAGCUGUGCGCCGCUGCGCAAGAAACGCCUUUGUUACAACCGCUUGUAGACUGUACCACACAUCGUUGACCAUGUUGGAGAGCGCCAGAGGAUUGCCUGUGUCCUUGGCAGGCGAGAUCAAUGCAGCAACACGCACACUACAUACCAACCUCAACCGUCUGAUAACAAGCCGCCUCCCCCUCGGCCUACCAUCACACACGACCGACUCAACCCUCUACGCAACCGGCCUCCUACACUUCGCGCACAUCUACCUCACCUUCGAGAGCUUAUGGGCAGACCUAAUAAGCGUCCAUGCUCGCCCCACCUCAUCGUCCGAAUCUACAUUCGAUCCCUCUCCAGCCAGUCAAGCAACAUCGCCGCUGCUCUCAUACCUCCUAGUAAACCCCUACGACUCGCCCUCCCUCUUCACAUCCACACUCGGCGCACCUACACGCCCGUCGCCACAGCUCGCCUCCUUCCUCUCCACACUGCGUCCGCAGGGGCUCCCCCGCUCUGGGCGUCUGAAGAAGGAUCUCGAGUAUCUGCUUGGUCUGCACCCCACAGAUCUCGAAGUUCUGCUUGCAAAAUACCCUGGCGACAAGGUAGCAGCUUUCUGUACACACAUCCGAAAGAGCGUACAUGAGAGGCCAUGGACGUUAGUGGCGUAUGCGUGGUGUUUCUACAUGGCCGUAUUCUCUGGCGGAAGGUGGAUAAGAGCAGGGCUGCUGAGAGCUGGUGACGGCUUUUGGCCCGCAAGAAGUGCAGAAGACGGCACUGGCCUGGAGGAGAGAGGACUGAGCUUCUGGCACUUCCCUGGCGCUCACGACGGCGAAGAUAUCAAGGCUGAGUUCAAGCUCAGACUUGAGGACGCGGAACACAUAUUUGCACCUGACGAGAGGGUGGAUGUCAUCGAAGAAGCAAAGAACAUCUUCCAGCUUUGCGCCGAAGUCGUCUACGAGCUUGAUGACAUGGUCGGCUCCGCUCAGGUUGCAACACCUCAAAGCGAGAACCCGGUAGCACAGGCUUUGAAGGAGACGCCGAGCGAGAAACACGUCCUCAUCGAGCGUCCUGUUAGUCAUAAGUAUGUGUUCGGUCCAGCCAAGUCACUGGCCGCGUUGUUACGGCGACCGGAGAUCACAAGCAGCUUGGUGGCUUUAGCAUGUCUGGUCUGCGUUGCGCUGUCGCCGACUUUGGAUAUCAAUUUGCUGCAGGACUGGUAAUAUCCUUUCGUGUGCAUUUUCUCGCAUUAGUAUGACGGUAAUGGGUGCACGUUUUAGUUGCUUCUUGGUCUCGUCAAGUGUUGGUUUUGAGUAUGCAUGGCAAGGAGCAAGAUACCCUAGAUGCACUUUGCAGCCUUAAAGAUCUACUCAGUCAAUAUAACAUCAUUCUUUC